GUUGGACGAGUUAGGGUGUCGCUGCUCCCGAUUGCUCUGGCCAAUGGAACCCGAUCCACCCUGCUGUGCGUAAGAGCGCAAUUAAGGAUUUAACCAAGCCUAUGCUGCGCCCCAGCCAGCAGUCUGCCGGAGACAGACACCGCGCCGCAGCCUCCUCCCCCAGACAUGUCUGCUUAGAGCCGAGCAGCCCCGCCGCCAGCCCCAGCCCGCCCGGCUCCGAGCUAUGACAGGAGUAUUUGACAGAAGGGUCCCCAACAUCAGAUCCGGCGACUUCCAAGCUCCUUUCCAGACGGCUGCAGCCAUGCACCACCCGUCCCAGGAAUCUCCCACUUUACCCGAGUCCUCCGCUACGGAUUCCGACUACUACAGCCCGGCGGGGGGAGCCCCGCACGGCUACUGCUCGCCUACCUCGGCUUCCUACGGCAAAGCGCUCAACCCCUACCAGUAUCAGUACCACGGCAUGAACGGAUCUGCCGGGAACUAUCCUGCCAAAGCCUAUGCAGACUACAGCUACGCCAGCCCCUACCACCAGUACAGCGGGGCUUACAACCGCGUCCAGAGCUCCGCCAGCCAGCCAGAGAAGGAGGUGGCGGAACCCGAGGUGCGGAUGGUGAACGGCAAACCAAAGAAAGUGCGCAAACCCCGGACUAUUUAUUCCAGCUUCCAGCUGGCAGCGUUGCAGAGGAGGUUUCAGAAGACCCAGUACCUCGCCCUGCCCGAGCGGGCCGAGCUGGCAGCCUCCCUGGGACUCACGCAAACACAGGUGAAAAUCUGGUUUCAGAAUAAAAGAUCCAAGAUCAAGAAGAUCAUGAAAAACGGGGAGAUGCCUCCGGAGCACAGCCCCAGCUCCAGCGACCCCAUGGCCUGCAACUCUCCACAGUCACCUGCGGUUUGGGAACCUCAGGGCUCGUCCCGCUCCCUCAGCCACCAUGCCCACGCGCACGCUCACCCUCCAAACUCCAACCCGUCCCCUGCAUCCAGCUACCUGGAGAGCUCCACUUCCUGGUACCCCGCUGCCAACUCCAUCAACUCCCACCUCCAACCCCACGGCUCCCUACAGCACCCGUUAGCGCUGGCCUCUGGGACGAUUUAUUAGAGCCUGACCCUUAUUAUUUUAUUAUAUUUUUUUGUUGUUCCUUGGACUCCUGUGUUUUACUGUUAAGGAAUAAUAACGAAAGGAAUGCAUAUGGGGAAUUUUUAAAAGGGAAAAAGAAACAAACAAAAAGAUUAAAAUGUGUAAAGCUUGUGCAUGUAACUUAUUGCAUUUCAAAGGAAACCCCUUUUUUAUACAAUACGGACGUUUUUUGGUUCAGCUGUGGACACUAUCAUUGGUGCCUUGAAAUCUAUGACCUCAACUUUUCCAGAGACUUUUUUCAAUGUUAUUUUAACCCUGUAAAUAAUUGUAGAUAGAGGAAUUAAACUGUAUAUUCUGAAUAAAAUAAAAUUAUUUCGACCAAGAGAAAUGUUUCCAAAUUACCCCUUCUUCUAUUAAUAAGAGGAAACAAAUAUAAUACUAAUUUGCUUGCAGAAAGACAGUGAGGAAAGAGGAUGGGAGCUGGGAGUUCACAUUCUGUUCCAGUGCGUGCUGGCAGGAUCUGGCCCUUGCAGGUACCCACGGGCGAGCCGAGGGGCGGCGGUGCUCUCUCCCCGCUGGGAAAGGGGCUCUGGCAACACCGCGUACAUCUUACUGCACAGUGCUUUAAGCUGAAGGGAAAGCUGCCCAUCCUGAUGCGAGAAAGCGAAUCUCUCGCCUUAAGCCGCCCUGAAUCCUUUCCUGAGAGCAAUUAGCGUCGAGAGCUGCACACUCCACAGCCCAUCAGUCGCCCGUGUGCGCUCGGCUAAUUAUACAAAUUACGUUUCCGUCAAAGGGAGCCACUAAAUAUGAGAAAAGAAUAAAAUGAGGGCCCCACUCCCCUCGCUCCUGCUAAAAGCCUGCGGCGGCUUCGACUGAAGGAGGAACGUUUCAGAGCUGCCAUGGAAAAUGACCAGAAAUCUACUAUCUGAGAAAACCCAUCCAUCAUCUUCAGGCAAUCUUCCAAUCUGUUAACUUUAGCGGCUACUAAUAAGUGUCUCCAUCCAGGAAAAGCAAUUAUUACGAUGUUUCACAGAACAGCUUCCAGAUAACAUAUGAUGUAAACUGCUCUUGGGCAACAUUUCUUCUAAGGAAACUAGCUUUUUUUUUUUUUUUUUCUUCAGUAAGCAACUUUACCAAUGCAAGUGUAAUAAAAACAGAGUAAAGAGGAAGAGCUGUUGGAAAUGGGAUUUGACCAUAGCUAUUGCACCCAUUUACACCUCCCAAAGACUGGAAUCACAAUGCUUUAUAAAGGCCUUGUUAUGGGUUUGAUCAGUGUGCAGACUCUGUUAGUGAGAUCCUACAUGUGACUGAGAUGUGGUCAUUAAUGUGUUACAUCACACAGAGCCAAACCAAGCAACCUGGUUUGACUCCAGGUUCACAUCCAGAGAGUGAUAUCUCAUCUACAAUCUAACACAGCAACCAGCAAUGGAAAACAAGCCAGGCUGUGUCUGUUGGCAUCUCUAUUUUGAUUCUUGCUAUUUCGAGGCCCUUACUGAACAUGCAGCACCAGAGUGGGCUGCUGCCUGCAGUCAGUCCCCUGCUCAGUGUGCUCACACGUGGCAGUCCCUUGCAUUUCUCCUGGUCGUGUCUCCACAGCACACAGGAAGGCUGCUGUGGUGGGGCAGGUGCCACUGGGAGGCAUUGCCAUGAGGGUUGUGGAGAGAUGGAGGCCUCUCCAAGGUAAUCAUGGACCAUUAUUAGGUGGCUUAGAUGGAUAUCCUGAUGGAGGAUGCACCUACCUGAGCUCCCAGUGCAGAAAGCUUCCUAUUAGAAAAGGGGAAACCAAAGCAGGAGAGUGUCAAAAGGGCAGUAUAUGGUUUAUCUAUGGCUACCUUAUCUGCAGCCUAAUUUCUGUAACAGAACACCUCUGUCAAGGGAUUGAGGAGGAAAAUUUUGACAACUCCCCUGUGACAAAAUACAUACAUUGAUAAAGUCUAUUUUCAGAUCCUGGAGCCAGUACAUUUAGGAUCAGUCAAAUAAUAAUAUGGUGGCAUUUCACCAAGCCUCUUUGAUUGGUAUUGGGGGCUGGUUAAUAUCACACAUAUUUUUAGAAAGUUCCUCAUGGCUAAUACCUGGCUGUUCUUCACAUGUCCUUGUAAGCAGAUGUUACCUUGUGGCUGACUUUCUGUCUGCCUUUGCUUGACUCCUUGAUCUUGAAGCCUGACAAAAUUUAGCAUGAUUCCAGAUACCCAUCUACCUUGUCAGACUGAAUGACUUGUCUUUUCAAUUCCACUUCUCUAGUGUAUUAUAGAUUCUCUUGGUUUGUUUAGAUUUCUGGUUGUAGACUUGCUUUCUGAUCCCCAAAGAAUUAGAUACUAAAAGGAAAGCAUGAUCUCUAUUCCAUCAAAAAAUUUCAGAUUAGUGUGCUAGAUCUUUCUGUGUCAUAUGUAAUCCAAACCUGGAUACCCUUUACUUUCUGAGCAAAAGUUUGGUCUUGAGUACCAUCAUUAAGCUGUUUGCCUUUAAUUGUCAAAGAUGGAUAGAUACCAGCAAACAAUUUGAUUUUGAUGUCGAACAAGAGGGUAAGAUACAUUGCUGAAAGGUCAACAGUCGGUGUUUGGGAGUUCUUGGCCCCUUGGACACCCUGCCAAUAAGUGCCUGGAAAGGCUGACUUUUCCAUAUGGCAUGAAAGUUCAUCAGGGUUUGGUUAUAGGAAAGCCUACAUUCUUCUUUCAGUUCUAGGUGGUUUAAAGUAUUCACCAAUUUAGUUAAGAUUCUUUUGUUCUCCUAGGCAGUAGUUCUACUGUAGUGAGAUGGAAAGUGUUAAUAUUACUUUCCCUAGGAUAUGACAUAUUGAGAACUUCUGCCUUGUCUUUUUUCUUUUUUAAUUUUUUAAAAAAUUUUCUUCAUGUGAACAGUUUUUGGGCAUCAGUGAUGUAACGUAUUAAAAUAUGAUCAUGAAAUUGUGAGCAGGAGACACUUAAUGGUGCCUGCUUGAUUCCUGACAGCAUUAUGCUGUCUGUAAUGAUGAGAAAGGUAAAAAUAAAAAUGACAUUUCCAAUUUGGCAGGUGCCCUGUAGCAUUAACAGGGAGUCCAUCGAUUUCAAGGACAGAAAUUCUUAUAUACCUAGUGAACUGAAAAAAGUGCUGCUUCUUUCUGUAUAUUAUAGGAGGAGAUUCUUUAAAAAAUAAGUAAAUUAAGAUAUCAAAUUUAAACUCAUUCUUUGCUGUUAGUUUGAAACCAGAAAUUGUCACUUCUUUCCUAGAGACAUCCAUUUUCAUUGAGAGUGACUCUGGCCUUUCUGGUAUUACUCUGGUAUGUUAUUUCUCAGCAAUGUGCUCAGCCUCUACAGUGCAAACCAUUAGUGGAUAUAUAUUUUUUUCAUCCAGAUAUUAAUUUUCUUGUAUAAGACAGUUUUAUUCCCUAAAUAUUUUUCCCCGAAUCUAUCACUCAGUUUAUAUGCACAACAGGUCUUUAACAGUUCUGUAUUUCUUCCUAAGACAGAAAGUCAAGAGGAAAUAAAAAUGAAUUCUUAUGCCUAAAUAUUUGAAAACUCUGGUCUAGAUGUCACUAAGGCACAAAUGUCAUACUACAUAUUAAAAAGAAAUCACCAGAUGCAGAAUACAACAUUCCAGACACACCGGAUUGCAUUCCAAUUCAUACAAGCCUUUUGUCUGAAUAAUUUACUCUCCUGAGAGUUAAAGGAAAUUGGGUGACAAUUUUUCAGUUUUGUAUUUUGCAACUUAUUGAGGCCCCCAAAUUAAUAUUUCCUUACAUAUUUCUUUGGUACUGACUGUGUUUGUCAGAAGACGUGUGAAUGAAAAUAGAUCUGAAAUUUGCAUUGCUUUUGGGGCUUGGUUCAAAUAGGAUUAGCAGAUAGAAAGAUCUCACCAAAGGUUUCCAUGACUUCCAGUUGGGUAUUAAUGAAGACCUUUUAAAUACUUUGGUCUUCUGCCUUUCAUAUGAAGAGGAAUAAUGAUCCUGCAUUUGAAAAACAUUUUGAUAUUGCUAGGGACAUAGACAUUAAUGACUGUUAUACAUCUUUACAAAGAGUAACAAAUAAAAUACUGUUUAACAGAAAGACCAUGCUUCAUUAUAUUUAUAACAAUGGAAACUGAAAUAUAACAUUUUUAUUUAAAAAUCAAGCCACAGAUUAAGUUUUGAUUGCAGUAUUUUGUACUGAAAAUAAGAAUAAGAAAGCAAUUAAGUAUUCAUAGUCAUGCUCUCACACAAACACCUUCCAUGGUGAGCCUGUUUAUGCAACUGAGGAUGCCAUACAAUUGCUUUUAUUACCUUCUUAUAAAACAGCCUGUAUAAACCACUUUUUUUUGAUUGUUUCUUUGUGUAUUGUUGAGCGUGUUUGCAUUCUAAAGGGCUUUGCCUCAUUAAAGCAAUUACCAUAAA